CGCUAGUCCUCUUUCAUUCUUGUUCGUACUAAGUUCGCGCGAGUGUUUAAGUGCAAUUGGCAUCAUAUUUUGCUGAUCAAGUGGAAUCUAAAAUGUAUACAAAUUUAACGUACUUGGGGACAGUGGCUCCACCAGUUACCAAGGAGCAGUCAAAACUCGAUGAGGCAAAGCACUACGAGACAUUGGUGCAAAAAAUACUGAAGGCAAAACUUGAGGAAUUCAUAGCAUCCGUAGACGGAGAAACGGGCGAGUCAGUUGGAGUCAACAUAACUGGAAAUGAAGACACCCUCGAGAACUGUCCCGCUGAACAGAGUUGUGAAAGAGCUGCGGCUUUUGGUGUAUUUCUUGGAAAUUCUGAUCAGGUUCCGAGUUCUAAGUCUGAUAGCACGGAUGUGUUCCGUGAUUCUAACGAGUAUGGUGAGUUUAAUAACUACAAUUUAAACUCUAAUAAAUCAGAGGUAGUCCCCCAAGAUGAUUUCCUGGAUGACAAUGAAGAACAGUCAUUCCUUGCUCCACAAGUUGAGCUUCUUGACAGAGAAGAUGAUGAAGAAGCUCGACACAACAACCGAUAUACUGUACCUCCAAACUCCCCUGUUAUUCCUAAGCGUGGUCGCAACCAUGUUGCUAUGACUACACAAGAAGAAGAAGAAGAAGAAGACCCUAAAUAUAAAUGUAACGCUGACACAAUUGUGUUUGUCAUAUUUAUGGUCAGUUUUUUCAUUUGGUUAGUCAGUAUGAUCUACGCCGAUCUGACACAUCAAAAGGAAGAAAAGUAAAUACGCGUAAGUUUUAACUUAACGCAAAAGUUUUCUUUUAAAUACAUUUUAACUUAAUAUUAAAUUGCUUGUAUAAUUUAUUUUAAAAAGUUAUUUUCCUUAUGUUAUUGAAUUUUUCACAGUUUAUUUUACCAAGUCCAAGAUAUUCUAAAGAGCCCUUAAACAAACAGUGACACGGUGCUUCAAUAAAAGUUGCUUAAAAAUCCUCAUUAAAUGUAUUGCACUGGUUUGGUACUUUUAUCGGUCGUGGUCAAAUGCAUUAUGAAACCACAAACAUUUCUCUUCAAAACAUAAAUUAUUAACUUUGCUUGGUAUGGCAUGUUAAAUAAAACUUAAUAUACAAUUGUACAUUAUUUACAACAGAAAUAAUUGUUAUUUAUCCUUUAUAGAAGCUAUAAUAUACAACACUUAAUCUUUUAUAAAAUAUAUACAUAAAUUUAUUAUAUGUUAAAACAUUAAGGAUUCCUGGGAUUUUCGCUUUUAAAGAACAACAACACACAUUAUUAAAAAUGAAAAAGGCCUCAAAAAUGUUAAUAUUCAACUCAGUGAAAACAUUUGCUCCUCAAUUCAGGAUUAUAACACAGAUUUUAAAUGGAGUCAGUAGAUCUUCAUUUCUUCAGCAAGAACGAGUCCGUCAAAAUUCCUGAAUGUAAGAAGUCGGAUAUUUUGAAAGAUUAAUAUUUGAAAUCCUGAGUUAAUAUGUAGAGUUUACAAAAGUUAGUAAACAAUUUAUGAACAUUAAUACAUCCUGUUUAACUUUUGUAAUAUAUUUUUAAAUGUCAGUGAUUAUUCGGUAGUUACUUUGCAUCAACUUUCACAUUGCUGUAGACGUCCAUUUACGUUGUUUCAUAUAAGGAGCAUAUAUUUUCACUGGUUUCCAUAAUGCAUAAAGGUUUCUAACAAGACGAUUGAUAAUGUUUGUUAUUCUGUGAUUGGAGAGAAAAUCAUUAUUUACCAAACAAUAAUCAUGAAGCAUCUUUUUAUGUAAGUUUUAUUUCAUUUAUAACACAAGUAAACGUUAUUUAUAAAAACAUUCUAGGAAGAGUAAAAUUAAUUUUCAGUGUUUAUUUUUACAUCAUAUGUAUUUAACUGUCUAUGACUAUAUGUUUGAUAAUACUGAUUACCAUGUUAUCUUUAGAGUUUAGUUAAACUUUUAAUAGUCUUAUUUACUACUUUAAUAAAUUAUUGUCAUUAUGUAUUCUAUUCUCUACAAUUAAAUA